AUGGAAGACCAACACCCUUCAGCAAAUAACGCCGAAUAUAAAAUUCCAAUUUCAGAAGGUGAAAGUGAAGAUCAUCAUCAGUAUUUCGAUGGUCGCCGAAUACAUAGAGUGCCCGAACUUGUGCGAUUCCAGAAAAAAAAUGAAGAGGAUUACUAUGCUCCUAAGAUGAUUUUUAAAGUGGUCGACCAGAUUAGAAAUUGUUAUGUUGGAGUUUCAAGAGAUGCAUAUGAUGAUGGAGAACUAGCCGAAAUGAUGCUUCUAGAUGCAUGUUUCGCUAUAUAUCUUAUGAAGAUUGCUCAGGACGAUGAGGAAAAAAGUUUCCACUUCUGUCAACAUCUUGGAAUGGCUGUAAUGACAUUUGCAUUCCAGGAUAUGUAUUUACUCGACAAUCAAAUUCCACUCUGGGUUAUUAAGCUCUUGACUAAUUUAAUAUAUGGCAACAGAGAGGAAGGACCGAAGUUAAUUUGUAAAUUCUCAAGUUGCUUUGUUUUUGCGGAUAGCAGGCUAACAAGAAGAAUUCCUGGAGAAGAUAAGAAGCAACCACUUCACCUUCUGGAUGCUUUUCAUCGACUACUUGUCGAAGAAUUUGAUAAUGCAGGAAAAGAACUUGUCGAGGAUUUGGAUAAUGCAGGAGUAGAACUCGUCGAAGAAGUGGAUAAUGCAGGAAAAGAACUUGUUGAAGAAGUGGAUAUUGCAGUAAAUAAAUGUCAAUGGUGGCCGGGAAGGAAAGAAUAUCGAAAUGAAUUUUGGAAAUACAAUCGUCAAUCUCAUUCAGUCACCGAUCUCAAAGCAAAAGGCAUCCACUUCAAACCUAGUUCAUUUUGUUUGAAGAAUAUUAAGUUCAAAUCCUACACAUUUUAUGGGCAACUUCAACUCCCGGUUUGGCUUUUUACUGCCCAUUCCAAGCAAUUAUUUAUGCACAUGAUUGCAUAUGAAGCGUCACCAGAAAGUGACACUGACAGUACUAUAUUAUGUUAUGUUUGUUUCUUAAAAUCACUCGUCAUUAAAUCUGAAGAUGUGAAGGAACUACGAGAAAAGAAGAUACUCUUCAGCACCUCCGACAGUGGUGAACAACUUGUGAAAGUAAUCAAAGAGAUUGAUACUUGCGGACUUGACGACGACCAUACUUUUUAUGAUGUGAAGAUGAGAAUUGAGAAGCACUGCAGCAGCAAGGCAAACACAUGGAUUGCUGAACUUAUUCACAUUUAUUUUCGCAGUCCGUGGACUUUAAUUGCCUUAUCGGCUGCCACUUUUCUUCUUUGCUUAACUUUUCUCCAGACCUAUUACACAAUGAAUCCCAAAAUUCAAAUCUAUAAAAGUAGUAUUAUAAUAAAUGUCUAUCAGAUUGAAAACAAUGGUUGUAAGUUCUUGAAUUCAUAUUUUGAAUACUAA